AUGCCUAACUGCUCAAGGUGGGUGAUCUACAAGGGAAACUGCGGCUGAGGAUGCUUAACCCUUCCCUGUCCAGCUGCACUCUCCGCAAAGGUUCUAGUCAUGAGGCUUGAAAACAGCCUUCCAUUGGCACCUUUUCCCCCCCUCAAAAUUUUUUAUUCAUUUUAUAACACAACUAUACAACACAAACAGAAAAACAAACAAUAUGAACAAAUUCUUGUCUUAUCCUUUUUUCUAAACAUUGUUAGGUGAGCUUCCCCAAGUCCCCCCAUCUGAUUUUCAUUUUGCCUCAUCGUUAGUAGUUUACAUAUAUCAUAAUUUUUAACCAUUUUUUUAAUCACACUUACUUUUACCAUAAAAAUCUUCACAUUUUAUCCCUUACAAGUAAUACUAUUGUAAAAUACACUAUCUUCUACUUCUAACCCUACAGCCUAUAUCCACUUCCAAAGCUAUUCUAAGAUUUAAAUAUUAACAUAUAUUUUUCAAAUAUUCUUUAAACUUCUUCCAAUCUUCAUCCACCGUCUCUUCUCUCUGGUCUCGGAGUCUCCCAGUCAGUUCAGCAGGUUCCAUAUAGUCUAUCAUUUUCAUCUGCCAUUCCUUCCAUUGGCACCUUACCGAAGUCUGUUUUCAAGCCUUCUGGGAUAAGCUCACGUUGAACUUGUUGCACAAUGUGGCUGGAGAGGCUGCAUGCCAUCAGAGCCAACUAAUUUCCCCCCAGCAGGUUUAGGGUUGCAACAGAUAGAAUCAUAGAAUUUAGAGUUGGAAGUGACCCUGAGGGUCAUCUAGUCCAACCCCCUGCAAUGCAGGAAUCUCUGUGAAAGCAUCUAUAACAGAUGGUGAUUCAACCUCUGCUUAAUAAACCUCCCAAGAAAGGAGAGUCUACAACCUAUUGAGGGAGACGGUUCCACUGUCAAGCAGCUGGGGGGUGUUUAAGCCUUCCCUCCUUGCCUGUGACAACCCUCAAACUUAGGCUCAGAUAACUUAUAUUAACUCCCAAUAGGAGGCUCUUUUUCUGCAGGGGCCAGGACACUGCAAGUCAAUUAAGGAGGUUCCCAAGGGCUGCUGAUUCCCACCCCCUGAUUUAAUCAAAAGAGUAUUAGCAUAUAUUUAAGUGACAUAUACUAUUUAUUCUCUGUUCGUAGGCAGAGAGCACAAUAAUUUUCUUCUAAUUAAAAAGUUUAAAAUUGCUGCCUAGGGCAUUAAAAAAAAAACCAAUACUGUAAGUGAUUUACAUUAACAAGUGCCAUAUUUUACUUUAACAUCAAUAAAAUGCACAUUUUACUGCAUAUUUUCCUUGGAUGUUUUUCAAGACCUGACUAAUUAUAUAUUACAAUAUAAUAUUGGGCACAAGCAGAAUAAGAAGUAAGAAAUCUGCAUAAUUUAACACAGUUUUCAUAAUUUGGGUUAUUGCCAAGUUCUUGGGAUUUGGCACAAAAUAAUUAUUUUUUAAAAAAAUACAUUUUGGUACAGAGUGCUACAUCCCAUGGCUACUUAGAUGGUGCCGUUGCCUCAGUGGCCAAAGCAAGAAACACAAAGAAAGUGAAGUCCAAAAGCUCUUCACCAAACCUGGUAAGUGAUUUACCGUAUUUUUCGCUCUAUAAGAUGCACCAGACCAUAAGACGCACCUAGUUUUUGGAGGAGGAAAACAAGAAAAAUAUAUAUUCUGAAUCUCAGAAGCCAGAACAGCAAGAGGGAUCGCUGCGCAGUGAAAUCAGCAAUCCCUCUUGCUGUUCUGGCUUCUGGGAUAGCUGCGCAGCCUGCAUUCGCUCCAUAAGACGCACACACAUUUCCACUUACCGGUACUUUUUAGGAGGGAAAAAGUGAGUCUUAUAGAGCAAAAAAUACGGUACUUACUUUGAGAAUGUGGCUACAGUUUGCUGGGGAAGAUGCAAGGUAGGCUUCCAUUGAAGUUGUUGCUCUCAGCGUCUGGGGUGGCUGCAUAUUUCCUGACCCCUUGAAGCCGAGAAGUAGGUUAGGGUUCAAUUUGUAGCUCAGGAUGGAAGCCAGAGUCAGUGCCACUGUUACCAAAAUUUAUAGAUUUGCCAGAGAAGAUCAAUAUAGGUCAGGGGCCAAACCUGCAGGUGAGAUUUAGCAGCCUCUAGAGCAGGGCCUCCAUGUUACAGAAAUCUUUAACUCUCAUUUCCUGGAUCAGGCCCAUCAAGACAAGCAUCCUGUACUCAACAGUACUGCAAGCAGGACCUGAGCACAACAGUGCUCUCCACUCCUGUGUUUUCCAGCUACUGGUAUUCAGAAGCAUUCUGACAGUGGAAGUAGAACAUAACCAAUCAAAAACAGUAGCACAGGCCAUGCUGGUUGUGGGAGCUGGGAAUCCAACAACAUCCGAAAGACCAAAGGUCCGUCAGCCAUUCUGUAGGGAGACAGGAAUCAUGGAAAUUAGCAGCCAGACAAUGGUUAGUAAUCAGGGCUGCCUGUCUUGUGCAGGGGCAGGGAAAUUUCCGGCUCUCCAUAUUUAAUGGACUCCCAACUCCCAUCAGCCCCAGCCAACAGUGAUGGGAGCUGUGGUCCAACAACAGCUGGAGGCCCAGGUUUGGGAAACCCUGGUCUCAUGUUUGAGUGUGAGGCGGGAUUUUGGAGAAUUUUUGCUUUAGCGCACUGCUGUGGAGUUCUAUAGUCUCCCUCCCACAUCAAUAUAUAGAAUAUUUGCUUGUCCAUCUAGGGAUUCCUGGCCCAGUAUUGGCCCCCAAUAUUGCAACAGAGGGCCUGCUGCUGUUUAGUCUUGCCACCACUAUUUUAUUAUAUGCAGUAUCCCUGCAACAUACACUAUAUGUUAAAAGUACCUGCUUUUGUUAUUCCUUUUUACUUCCCGCCUUCAGCAUUACAUAAAAAAAUAAUACAAUAAUAUUCCCGUACAUAUUUUAUCACCUACCUUAGCUAGAUACAGGGCUGACAGACUGGGGAAUUAGGGUUUGAAGGUCAAAACAAAUGUGAUUUAUUAAAAUUUAAAUACAGAAGAACAUAUUUAGUUGCAAUUUGGUUAUGUAACAAUACUUUGCUUAUUGAUGUUACACUUAAAUUUAAUGAUUACAUUUAUUUUAUUUUAUUAUUUAUUUUAAUGCUUUUGCUGCUACACAAAUACCUUUCCUACAGUAAAACCAUUACUGAAACCUGGCAACUUUCUUCAGCAUCAGCAACUGAUUAACGGCCUCUUGGCAGAUUGCCUGCUGAACCCCAGUCAGGUCCGGCCCACCCAUGAGGUAAAGUGAAACAACUACCUCAGGCAGCAGAAUCCACAGGGGCAUCAGUUCCCGAUGUCAAUCUUUCUUCCCCCCACCCCUUGUUCCUGAUGUAGAUCUUCCCUCACCCCUUCUUUCCUGGCAGGGAGGGGGGAGUCAUUGUGGGGUCCUCCUCAGAUGCCAAAAUGUCUUGCGCUGGCCUUGAACCCAUCCAAUGCAUUGCUCUGGCUUCAGCUAGGAGUACAAGACCAUUGUCCCCUUCACACAGUUGAUGAUACAAAGUCUGAGCCGUGUUUAAAAUUUUCCUUGGAAAUACACAGUUUCUACACAUUGUCAAGAACUUUAAAGCUGUAUUUAUCCAAUAAAGAAUAUAAAGUAUUUUGCACAAUGCAGGCAAACACUUUUUUUUUAGUAGUUAGCAUUCUCAGGGAAAGUGCGUACCUCUAAAACAUAUUUCUGCAGGUUUGCAGAUUUCUUGAAACUGGCAUGUCUGACAGUUCACUUGCUAUUUGUUCUUGCUAAAGAGAGUGUUCUUUUUAGUUGUUAAUUGUUUCUUAUAGAAUGUGGAAAUUCUCCUGAUUUUAAAUUCAACAUGUCUUUGUUCUAUGUUAUAAACCAUGGGUAGGCAAACUAAGGUCCGGGGCUGGAUUUGUCCCAAUCGCCUUCUCAAUCCAGCCCACGGACGGUCUGGGAAUCAGCGUGUUUUUACAUGAGUAGAAUGUGUGCUUUUAUUCAAAAUGCAUCUCUGGGUUAUUUGUGGGGCCUGCCUGGUGUUUUUACAUGAGUAGAAUGCGUGCUUAUAUUUAAAAUGCAUCUCUGGGUUAUUUGUGGGGCAUAGGAAUUCAUUCAUUUUUUCCUUUCAAAAUAUAAUUGGCCCCCCACAAGGUCUGAGGGACAGUGGACCGGCCCCCUGCUGAAAAAGUUUGCUGACCCCUGUUAUAAACCAUGUAAAAAGGUAAAGGACCCCAACAGUUAAGUCCAGUUGCGAACAAGUCUGGGGUUGCGGCGCUCAUCUCGCUUUAUUGGCCGAGGGAGCUGGUGUACAGCUUCCAGGUCAUGUGGCCAGCAUGACUAAGCCGCUUCUGGUGAACCAGAGCAGUGCACAGAAAUGCUGUUUACCUUCCCCAUGGAGUGGUACCUAUUUAUCUACUUGCACUUUGAUGUGCUUUUGAACUGCUAGGUUGGCAGGAGCUGGGACUGAGCAACGGGAGCUCACCCCGUCGCAGGGAUUCGAACCACUGUCCAUGUAGAGAUAUAUAAAUUGCCCACAUAAAUAAUUUUGCUAUGGGCCAUAAGAUUUAUAGAAUUUAGCUUGUCUAUGAAAAGCUGGGAGAAAAACCAACGAAAAAGGGUGAUUACUUCAAGCUAUAUAUAAGUAUGAGGGACGCGGGUGGCGCUGUGGGUAAAACCUCAGCGCCUAGGACUUGCCGAUUGCAUGGUCGGCGGUUCGAAUCCCCGCGGCAGGGUGCGCUCCCGUUGUUCGGUCCCAGCGCCUGCCAACCUAGCAGUUUGAAAGCACCUCCGGGUGCAAGUAGAUAAAUAGGGACCGCUUUCUAGCGGGAAGGUAAACAGUGUUCCGUGUGCUGCGCUGGCUCGCCAGAUGCAGCUUGUCAUGCUGGCCACGUGACCUGGAAGUGUCUGCGGACAGCGCUGGCUCCCGGCCUAUAGAGUGAGAUGAGCGCACAACCCUAGAGUCUGGCAAGACUGGCCCGAACGGGCAGGGGUACCUUUACCUUUAUAUAUAAGUAUAAGAAAGCAAACAUAUAGAAUAAUUCUGAAGAACAGUUUUGUUCCCAAAAACGCCUGUGCCCUCCUCCUACCACAGUGUGGCGCCUGUGGCCUAUCUUUGUGAAUCACAGGCUUCACGCUCGCCCCCCCCCCCCCCCCCCCAGGUUACACAGAUAUUUUCCAUGCAUAUUUUUAACCGCUGUACAUCUCUGGAUGAUUCAGAUUAAGCUUCCCGAAAGAGUCUGGUUAGCCAUGGUUUAGAAACUGGACUCUAGACUAGCCCAACCCUUUGUCUGAACUGGCUUAUAGAUAAGCAAAUUGCAAGGAACUGCCAUAUGACUUCCCUAUAACAAACUAGCUAGAGGAAAGAUUUGGAAUUUUCAGCAUCCUCUGAGCACAGUUUGCAUUUAUGAACGCAUUUCCAAAUAAAAAUGGGAAAGGCCCAGUCUUGAACCACAAUAACUUGAACUACGAUAACUAAGAACCUCCCUAGCUACAGGACUCAUUUUUCCUUCAACUCAUUCAGAAGGGCUUUAAACAACAACAAACAAUAGGUUGGUAUUUCCCCAAAAUUUAAACAUUCCAUCAGCCUAAAGUGUUCUGUUUUUGAAAAAUAACCAGGUCCUUUUUCCCAUGUAAGGCAGGCAGCCUAAUUAAAGCACCAAGCAGGGCAUCAUCACUGAUGUCUACAUUACCAUUUUUAAAUGCACUUGUUGCAAUCUGAGAUUUGCUUGUUGGUAAUAAAUGCAGAGGAUCAACAAACUGUUGGCCACAUUUCCUCAAUGCACAACAACACCUUUUAGGUAGGCAUUUGCUAAUUACUAAAUAUUCAUUCAUUUGCUGGUUGCUAAAUAUUCAUUAUUACUGUUAAUUACUAGAAUUUCUGCAGAGCCUGGAGGCCACAAAAGAAAUCAAGGCUCUGCAUGAGAUUACAAAUGCAGAUUUAAAAGGGAGUGAAGAAAGAAAAAUGAUUUUUUGAGUGAAUCGUGAUUCAGCCUGUCUUUAUGGUGGCUCAGUAUUACGUGCUUUAGCAAAGCAGUGUUUAAAAAGCAGAGCAGUUAAGAAGUGCUCCAUUCCUUGUUGUUUUCUCUCAACGGAUAUUUUGCAAGUGGGUUGUGAGAUGGAAGGGUUAAUGUUUCCAUGAUAAGAAGUUUAAAAGACGAAUUGUAUGUUUGGUCAAACCCAUGGAAUAGGUCUCCUGACAAGACACUCAUCACUUAUAAGAAUAGUCUUAGGGAAAAGAAACAUUUGCACAUGCAGCUUAUCAUUCGAUAGCACUGAAUUUUUGUGGGGGAAGUUGGAUUUGUAGAAAUUCUCCCAUGUAUGGAACGGGUGAAGGCACAGAAGCUCAGGUCUAUGUGGAAUCACAUCUUCCCCCAUCUGUGCCCCUUUGUAGACACAGGUAGUGAGGAUGUAUCACUUAUAUUCCACAGGACAGGCGUUGAAUGCGCUUGCUUGUGGCGUGGUAACGUUCCAUCCACUGCUGUAGAAUAUCAUAGGGUAUGCUUGAAAAACCCAUCUGCCCAAAAGUGUGAGUGGCUUCUUUCUGGUCCUCAUUGUGUUUCACCUCAUUGACUACUUUGAAAUACCAUGGUAACCACCUCAUCAUAAUGCAACCCACUGCCCCUUCCUGGUGUUCUGUUUACUUGCACAGCUGCUGUUUCUUACAACAACUUCACCAUAGUCAAGGAGACCUUCCAAGCUGAAAUCACUUGGUUUCCUCUCCCCACCCCACCCCCACAAAAACACAAACACACAGUAGCAACAGAACGUGUUGGUCUCCAAAUGCAAUCACCCUUGACUAGCAUUCAGCACCUGUGUGUCUAGGCAAACUUCUAAAUGACCCAGCCAUGGAACUGGGCACUGCUUCAAGUAAGAAAGGCCCACACAGCCGGGUCAUUGACAUAUUCUAUCUGUAAAAUUAAACAUGCUCAGGAGCUGCUUGUUCACAAAGAGCUCCCACGGUGCUAGGAGAAUGUCUAAAGGCACCUGUAUCUCCUCAGACAUAAUGGACAAGCAAUUCCACUGUUGUGUCCUCAGAAUAGCAGCAGAUGCCUCUGACCUGCAGACGUAGGUCCCAUCUGCAUUAUAUGUUUGAAGCCAUAUCAUAUCACUUGAAAAUGUCCCCACCUUGCUCUGACCCCAGCAGCUCUAUACAGGCAGGCAGGCAGGCAGGCAGGCACAUCAUUCCUUUUCCUGCCCUGAAUCUCCUUCAGUCUUGGAGAUAUGUGUGUGACGCCAUUUAUGAAUUAGCUUGGCCUCAUGCUGAAUCCACCUUCCACAAUCUCUUUCAAGUAUUUGCUGCGGUUCUUCCUGUUAUGAUAAAAAGAGUUUCUGAUCGUCCCUUUAGUGAAGCCAGGGGACAUUUCUUUUUCAAAGACCAAAAAUGGGAGGAGAAAUCUCUGUGACAUAUUUUGCCUUGCCUAAUCCCCUCUCGACUCUUGAUGCCUUUGAAAAUCUUCCCCUAGAGCAAUUUCUUUCCUGCUGCUCUGUUUCCAUACUUUGUGUUGUUUGCAUAUGCUGACAUGGAGACAGAUAUGAAAUGUGGUAUGUGUGUGUCUAUAUAUAUAUAUAAUCUCACUUUGAGAGGGACCAUCCUGAUGUCUGGCAAGCACAUCCCCCUCUCAACCCAUGUUUUUCCAUUUCUUGCAUGGUCUGAUACUUUAAAUGAAUAGCAUCCCUCCUUUAACUAAGGGGGUUUAGAGAUGGCAGCCCUCAUAAUAAGAGCCAAUAAUUAGUUAGCAAAGAAUAGCAGGUGAUAAACAAGCUCAGAUUUGUCAUUUUGAAAUCAAGGUUAAAGCUUUUGUGAAGAGCAGCUCUUCUGGAAGCACAAGAACAGAAGAACAGAAAUACAAAGUGAAUUUCACUUAAUGGGUACAACAAGCUUUUUUUUGGUGGUGGAACUUUGGGAUUUUCAUCAUGAAAGCAGCUCUCAAGGAAAGGCCUGACUCCUUCAGCAACAUCUUCUUGGCCACUUGCUGUGGUUGCUUUUUGCUAAAACUUAGAGAACAGCAAUCACGUAAUUAUGGAUCUCCAUUAUACUAUCUAGUUAGGGAUGUAGGAUAGGUUUAGUCUAUUUGAAUCUUUCUUGAAAUAUCUGCUGGUGAUUUGAGACCUACAACUGGAUCUAUUGUGUUUUUAAAGGGUUGCUGUCUUUUAAGGGGUUGGUGGAAGAAAAAUGGGCGUGUUAGGGCCUCCGUCUGAAAAGGCUACUCAAGUAGGGGCUAUUUCCAUUCUACUGAUCCCAACAGUGCUGACAAAUGGCGUACUACAGGCUGGUCUGCUACCAGCUUGUCCAUAAGGAGAAGGAGAACUGUGUGUGAAUCCAGCAAUAAUCUCAACAGGACUAAGGAGCGGAUUUCUAUACACACUGUAACAGCAAAAGUUUCACCUGGACCCUCUCUGAGCUCCUGGUUCUAUGCAGUAGUGUUAAAUCAGGAUCAUAGGCAGCCAUUGGCUGCAGGAAAUUCAUAAUAUCAUUGUUCCAGUCUCUAUUCACAGUCUGAAGCUAAACAGGUCUGGAUCUGGUCAGUGCCUAGACAGGUGAUCUCCUAGGAACCACACGUACGCCACCUUGGGCUCCUGCAGAAUCAAUCCAGUCCACAAUGCACAUGGUUCAUACUAGCAAAAUCUAGCAAGUCUCUCAAGCAAUGGCAGUGAUGAGACUUAGGGCUCAUCCACAUUUACCUUUAGCCCCAUGUGUUCUGUAUCCAUACUUUCCCAGUCCAUGUCUGAGAGCUCCACCCCACCCCACUCCCACUUUCCCCAGGAAAACCCACUCUUUAAUGCUGAAUCAGAAUAGUGGUAAAGAGCGGGUUUUCAUAGGGAAUGCUGAAGGGAGUGUUUGAUGGAGGGUGUAUCUUAGUUCUUCAGGCAACCAAGUUCCAUUUGAUUCUCACUAUGUGACAUCUGCAAAGAACAAAUAUUAAGAAAGUUGGGUGGUCUGCAUCCACUGUUCCUGCCUCUUUUAAUGCCCACUGAGUUGCUUAUCAACACCAGAGUCCAAGAGAACUGAAUAACCAAGUUGGCUCAAAGUCUGUAGCCAAACAUAACACCUACUGCUCACAGUCAGAAUAUUGUAUUUUACCCAAUUAUUUACCUUGGAAGGUUGGCAGGAACAUAGGUCUGCUUCCCACAAACAAUAAUCUUAGUGCACAACCCCUUCAUUAAGAUAUUAUUCAAUUAGUAUAUAACAGUGAGAGCAGAGGAUGGAGCCAGUUUGAGAAGCCGUUGCUGGAAACUCUUUACUAGGUAAAAGCUACCUGCCACGUCAUCCACUUUUGGUAAGAACAAAACAGAAACAGAUUAUUUGGGGACUGGGCAUUUAGAAGAAAAUUUCUUAAGAAUGUAAAUACUCUGGUUGAUGUUUUUUCUAUCCAAAAAAAAAAAAAAAAACAGAGAACAAUGUGGAAGCUGACAUCUGUCCUUUAAAAUAUUGUUCUUGAACUGGUGAUUCAGGACUUACUAACUCAGUUACAGCAGCCUAACCACAGAUGAGUUGCAACACCGAUACAGCCACCACACAAAGAUUUGGUAAAAAGUUAUGAAGUAGGUCUCCAAAUGCGUGUUUGGGCUAAAGGUGGGUCCCAGAUUUGAAAACUACUGCCAUAGAACAUGUUUAAGGUAGUGGUGCUCUCCCUGUGGAAUGCCCUCUCUUCAGACAUCAAGGAAAGAAACAACUAUCUGACUUUUAGAACACAUCUGAAGGCGGCCGUAUUUAUGGAAGUUUUUAGGAGCUGAUAUUUUUAUUAUUAUUUUAGGUAUGUUGGAAGCUGCCCAGAGUGGCUGGGGUAUAAAUAAUAAACUUAUUACUGUUAUUGUUAUUGUUAUCGUUAUCGUUAUCGUUAUUACUGUGUGCUACAAUUGAGCUUUCAUUUUGUACAGGCUUGCUUCUUUGCAUUUAAUUCAGUGGUGGAAAAUAUGCAUAUAGGUGGUAUGACUAACAAGACUGAAUUUGUCCUCAGAAUCCACAUGGGUGUAAGUGUGCCAUAAUAUUCACACUGAGAUCUGAGAGACACACAGGGUGUCUCUGGAGGCGGGUGAAGAGCAGGGAAUAAACUUCCACAGGGGAGGAGAAACAGGUGAGGGAAACAACGAGGUAUAAAAGGUCAAGUCUAGGAGAGCAGGGAGAAGAAGAAAAAAGAAAUGGAGAGGGAUGAGGAAGCCAUUUAGGAGUGUUUAGGUUGUGCGUUGCUGCUAGAAAAUUCAGGCAGUGAUACGGACCACUGACACAAGAAAGCACAGCAAGGGAAACUAGACUGGAGCAUAACAGGAACUAGUAAAACCUUAUUUCUUACUUUCUUAUGGUGCAUCCAGACUGACAGUAUUUUGCUGGAGGGAUUCAAAAACAUACUGUACCUUUGGAAUUUGCACUUAAAGUGGAAUAAAUGGUUCUAUUGCCCCAUCCUAUCACAACAAAUCCACUUUUGAGAAUAAUUAGUUUGCAGUUUGCAACGUGACAGGGAAAUGCAUUGAAAAAUGACAUGGGACAAACAAAGGGAAGACAUGUAAAUAUCCCACAAGCAAAUUAGGAUGCUCAUUGUCACAAAACUGUAGUACAUGCUAAUGUUGCUGGGAACUGCAGCAUUGUGAUGGGAAAACUACAGUUCCCAGAACUCUUUGGGGAAAGUAAGGUAAAGGUAAAGGGACCCCUGACCAUUAGGUCCAGUCGUGACCGACUCUGGGGUUGCGGCACUCAUCUCGCUUUAUUGGCCGAGGGAGCCAGCGUACAGCUUCCAGGUCAUGUGGCCAGCAUGACUAAGCCGCUUCUGCCGAACCAGAGCAGUGCACGGAAAUGCCGUUUACCUUCCUGCCGGAGCAGUACCUAUUUAUCUACUUGCACUUUGACGUGCUUUCGAACUGCUAGGUUGGCAGGAGCAGGGACCGAACAACGGGAGCUCACCCCGUCGCGGGGAUUCGAACCGCCGACCUUCUGAUAGGCAAGUCCUAGGCUUUGUGGUUUAACCCACAGCGCCACCUGUGCUUUAAAUAUAUGGUGUAUAUGCAGUCUUAAUAGGUAAAGUAAAACGAUGACUUUCCUUUCAAACAGCCUGUAUCACGGUGCAGAUGGACCUUUUGUCUCUUUGUGCUGGUAUUUCUUGGGAAUCUAAGAUACGGAAAACAUAUUAUUAUUAUUUUAUCACUGUUUCUUUCUUUGCAAAGGUGCUUUCCCCAUGUGUCAGGGGCAAUGAUGCAAAGCCUUUGGAAUGUGGUUCUGAUCUUCUUUUACUGCAAAACCAGAGCCAGUAUAGUUGACCCAACUGUUGGGGAAGGAAGAAGAGAGUAUCUGCUUGGAAAUGGAAGCUAUAUACCAGCUAGUAAAACAGUGAGACUAAUCAGAACUGCAAGGAGUCAAGUCGGUUCAUUUGCGAACAGAGCGGUCUAUGCCUCUAUCACCGCAGGCAUCAGUGACACUGCAUUCAAUGACUGUAAGUAACCAGCAUGGCAUAUUACCAUUGCAUACGCUGCCCUAACUGCCAGAAAUAAACUCUUCCAUCAGAAAUACUGAGUGAAAACAGGGAUAUGGCAUUGCUUUUGCAGUUAUUCUCUUUGAUGUUUCUUCCCUGUCACCUAAACUCCCAUUUCAAGCAGGGACUGGGAACCUCAGUCCUGUGGGCCGAAUGCAGCCCUCUGCCUGGCACUUAGAGCCCUCCCAGGCCACCCCCCUCACUGGUCCUGCUUUUUUCAGCCUGGAAUGUUUCCUUGAAUUCUGAUGGAGGAUGGAAGAUAGAGAUGGGGUUAUGUUAGUGUGCAGAAAUGAUGUUAGCUGCACAAAGAUUUAAAAAAAUUCAUUAUUGCUCUGCUCACCUUUACCUUUUCACCCGAUGCUGGUGUAUGGACAUUGGAAGCGGGCCCAGAAGGAAAUGCAUGUUAAGUAUAAUUGUUUAAUGCACAUUAAAAUGGAAAAUAACUCUUGUGAUGUGUCUGUAUGUAUGCAUGGCAUGGAAAUUUCCACUGAAGCUAAAUUGGAGCUGAGUAGAGAGACUAACAGUUGAUCAUUAAGUGAGGCUGUAUCUCUGCUGGGUCAGUCACAAAGUGUUUAACUUCAACCACAUGAAAAGUAUACUGUUAUAAAUCUAUGCGUAUGCUAAUUUGUAGAGCUCCAUCUUGGGUGGAGCAAGUCUUUGUUCUGAAACUGCUGAGGAGAAUGUUGCUAAUCUCUUUCCAGGAAAACAGCCUCAGGCUAAUGGAGGCUGUUUGGAGAAGAUGCAGAGCUUUGAUUUUUAGCUCUGGAUGGAAGAGGUUUUUUUAGUCUAAGAUAUUUUACCUGUGCUGGGAUUAGCAAAUGAUAUUAUGCAACUAUUUGAAUGUAACUUUGUUGUUUUACGUUUUUCUGGAGUUAAGUUAUGUAAGUAGGCCUUUGAACCAUAUUUUUGGACUGGAUAAUUUUUAUUUCAAAGAAGAGUAAGUUUUUAUUUAUCCAGUUUGCUUCCGUAUCAAUAACCUCAAUAAUGCAGCCCUCAGGCUGAGAAAGGUUCCCUAUUCCUGAUUUAAGGCUCCCUCUUGCAGAAGGUGAGUGUUUAUUUAAUGAUCAAAACAUGCAAAUUGUUUUUCUGGAUUGGACCAGGUAUUCAUUUUAUCUAGCAUUCUGCUGCAAACAGUGGCCAGUCAAAUGGUCCUCUGGGUGUCCAUAAGCAGAACAUGAAGGUAAUAAGACUUCCUUUGUUGCUAUUUUCCUAAACAUCUGGUGGUUUCACUGGUUAUUCUGGAUCCCUGAAACAUGGCAUCAAUUUGCCACAAGCCAUUCCCCCACCCCAGUGCUAGGAGCCCUGCUCAGGUCAAGAAAACAACAACAGCUGACCUUCUCUUGCAGUUUAAAAGUUUGUGGUUGAAUCCAGCAUUUAUAAGCAGAAGAGAUAACAUCGUGUACAAAAGUUCCCCCCUUCCCACUUUAUCUCCCUGCUUUGCAAAGAUUCUCUAUUUAUCAUAAAGUAAUAGAUGCCUUAAAUCAUGGUCAGCCUUUUCUCUGGGAAUUUGUCAGGUUAUUUAACUGUGAUGGAUCAUUGUGAUACCCCAGCCCUUGAAUUUUGUGACCUUCCGUGUUCUCUAACUCCCUUAAAGCUGGUUUGUGAAGAAGUCAGUGUACCACCUCCCACUUUCAGAUAUACAAGGCUUACUGUCAGAGGUGAUCAAGCAACUGCUGCCACUGGACAUAACAAACUCACUGCCGAAGACAAUCAAAGAUGUAAGUGAGCGCUUAAAAGGCAGAGAAGAUACAAAAUUGACUGGAAGCUUGAGAAACAAGGCUGAUGAAACAGAGAUGCUCAAAGUGAUACAAAGUAUAACACAGUAAGUAUAUCACUGUUGAAGACAGCUCUCAUCAUGAGUGGCACGCCCAGACCAGGGCAGUAUCUUUACAGAUGUUGGUUUAUAGGCUAUGCGCCACCUUCAAAGCCUUUUUUUAAAUAUUCAGAUGCCCCUACAAUAGGGGUGGGGAACCUGUGGCCCACCAGAUGUUUUUGGAUUCCUGUUCCCACCAGUCCCAGCCAUUGUGGUCAAUGGUCAGGGAUGAUAGGAGCUGUAGUCUGGUGAGAGACUUCCGGGACAGUGCCAUCGGCAAUGGCGGAGUUCCUCUGACAGAGAGGAACCCGCUCUGUGAAAAUCGGGUCUUGCCGCCGUGGCGAAGGCGGAGACCCUUUAAAAAUCCCAGGCGGAGGAAGCCUGGGAACGUGGGAUUCGGCUGACACCAGGAGCACCUCCCCUACUCGCAGGGAAACCCUUUUUCGGGGGUCCGAAGCGACGUGGGGUGAGUGGCGCGGUGUUUUGAAUCAACCGCUACUUUUACGGAGUGAAGCCGCACAGCCGUUGCCGGAGAGCGCUGACCUUUUCCUGUGGAUAUUUGGACUCUAAACAAGUACCCGUGAGUAGGACGGAAAAUUGGAUUAAGUAUCAAGAAAUAUCUUAAUUUGGCACCGAAACGGGAAGGUUCUAAACAGGAAGUCCGCCUCCCGUUUUUUGUAAAUAGAUUGAAGCAAAAACUUUGUAAGCUAAAGUCUGGAAAGUCGUAUAUAAAGUUCUAAAUUUCCUUCAUUUAUCACCACCAAAACCCCUCUUGGAAGCAGGAGAAAAGAGGGGGAUUUUUGACUGUUUAAGCCUGCAGGAGAGAGAGUAAAGAAAGAUAAAUUUUCCACCGUCUCAAACCUGGGAAUGGGGUGUCAGAGACAGAAAUUUAUGGAGGAAGUUCAUCGACCGUGAACGGAACGUCUUUUGACAGAUAGUUUUAAAAAAAAAAAAGAGAAAUAUAUUGAUUCCAAUGUUGCUUCUUGCAAUCAAAAGAAACAAAGUAUUUGAAAAGUGAAAGUAAUUUUUCCUUGUUGGUCCUGCUUUUAAAAGAUGGAUACAAAUAGAAAUUGUCUCCUCUAGAGGGAGCUUGUUAAUUUGUUGCCGGAGCUGAUCUGGGGACCUCACAGCUGUAUGAUUAGGAUCAUGAGACCAGACUCUAACCUUGGGGAAAAAAAUGUGUUUACAAGAAGUCUCGGUGCUUGCUUUUUGCAAGACAAGUGCUUUGCUGGAGCAGAUGCAUGAGAAGAUGGAUUUGAUGACUGUUGCAGUUAAAAACUUUGGACAAAUGGCGAAUACCUAUAUAGAAACCACUCAGGAACCAGCCCAGGAAUCUGUUUUGAUAGGGCAAGCGCAAGGGCAGAAGAAAAUGGAGGAGGUUGUUGUUGAACCUCAAAUAACACAAAUGGAGAGACCUGAGGCCUUGCAGGAGUAUAAGCCGCUGUUCUUGAAGUUCGAAUCUGGAGUGGACCAGGGGGGGUCUGGAGUUGUGAGGGCUCUUAACUUUGGAAAGACUUUGAAACAUGCUUUUAACUACUUUCUGGAUUAUAGUGUUGACUGUGGGGAAUGGGCUGAUCUGCUGAGGAGAGAUGAAGAUACUUUUGGAUUGGAGUCCUCCCGAGACCUACCCCCCAAUGAGAAAGGAAAGAAAAUAAGAAAAAGAUCAACAAAAGAUAAAGUAAAGGGCAGGCAUAAACAAGAAAAAGACCUGCAGAAGGAACAUGGAAAAGAUUUAAGAGCCUCGGACAUAAGGGCACCAGGUUGAUGGAUUAGAUAGACAAGAAAGGACUGACAAAACCCGAGACCAGGAAGAAGAGAUGAUGGAUGAAGAUUGGAAGAAAGUUUAAAAAUUUAUUUAGAAAAGUAUUGUAAAAUUAAUGAGUAUUAGAAAAAUGUUGGAAUGAAAUUAUUUGGCUUCAGCAGAAAUGUCAAAAAGAAUUAUGAAAGAAUAUGUUAUGGUUAAAAAAGUUUGGUAUAUAUAAGUUUUAAGUUUUAGGGGGGUUUUUAGGUAAGAUAAGGUUAAAAUAGAUUAAGGUAAUUUAAAUGACAGAAUAUUGUGAAAGAUGGAAAGGAUUUGCUUAGAUAAUUAACAACUAGAAUACAAAAAAGGGAGGUGUGAGGAGGUCAUUGAAAUAAGUUAAUGAAAGUUAAGGAUUUGGGAACAUUAGAUUUGUCUUUUAAUUGUUUGUUUAUUUUUGUUUUUUGAUUUAGAUGUAUUGUGUGUUUUGUUUUUUUGACUUUGGUUUUUAUUGAUCUGUAUUGUUUAAUUGUUAUGUUUAUCUACUUUUUUCUUUCUUUUUCUUCUUUUCUCUUUUCUUUCUUUUCUCUUUGUAAUUUUAAAAUUCUCAAUAAACAUCAUUAAAAAAAAAAUAGCUCAAGGCAAAGACCUUGCAAGUGGAUCUCAAAGGAGAAUUUAUGAUCAGAAUAAAGAGAGAUCUGCAAGGCUAAAAAAAAAGGAGCUGUAGUCUGGCAACAUCUGGAGGGCUGCUCUAGAGCAAUGCACCAUGGGAUAGAAUAUUUCCCUGAUGCAAUGUCAUCUAACCUCCCUGAAAACAAAUCAAAAUGGAUGCUCAAUAAAUAGCCAACAUUGUCUUAUCUAUCCACCAACAAAUUAGGAUAAAUAAACAGAUUAUCUGGAAGCAACAUCGUCUUUGCUUAGACAAGGGGUACCAAGGCACCUCCCCAGACCUAUAUUUACAAGAAAGCUAGUUACAGAUGAAGGUGGUUGCUAGGUGCAAAAAUGGGUCAUGGAUUGUUUCAGUCUGGUAAGGAAUCAAAUGAUUCUUCCAAUACUAUUCCGUUCUCACCAGAAGUCUGCUUGGGGGAGGAGAGAUUGCAGUAAAAGACCUGCUUGACUGUCUCUUCUCAAUACUCUCCCUGCUUUUUUCAGCUUGGCCAUUACAAAAAUUACAAUUCUUCCAACUUUGAUGAAGUUUUCAUCUGGUGACAAGGUCCACCUUUCCCUUCCAGUUGAAAUUUCCAUUAAAGGUGAAAGGUAAGUGUCCAAAAAGAUGGGGCUGACAGCCAGAAGAGCACCAAACACACUAUUCCAUUUCUAACAGUUGGCUUGAGCUGCAAAACAGCACAGGCAGAAGUUGGAUAAGACUUCCAAUCUCCAUAGAUACCCUUUCAUGAAGUUACACUGUGGCUGAUGUCAAGAGAAAUCUUGCCUGAUCCUUGGUAAUAGGAAGUCAAAGAGCCCCAGUGUCACCUGUGCCCAGUAGCUCAUUUCCACCCACAAUGUGUACUAUUGUGCCCUGAUGUCCGUUGAAGUUUCUGAACAAAUGUUCAUCCCAAGAUAAAUGUUCAAAAAUGUUUAAUAGACUUAUGGAGUUGCAAGUGGCCUUACUGGUCAUCUACUCCAACCCUCCGCUUUAUAUGGGGUAUGCAAUGCAUGACACAACUACUAGAGCAUCCCUGACAGAUGACCACCCAGCGUCUGAUUUAAAAGCACCAGUGAAGAUGAAGGGCCCACCACCUCCCAAGGAAUUCAGUUUGACAGCUGAACAGGUCUUACAAUUAGAAAGUUACACAUGACGCUUCACCAAAAUCUGCUCCCUUGCAAUUUCCAGCCAUUGGUUCUAGUCCUGCCUUUCAAGCAUCAACCAAAUAGUUUGUCUGUAAGUUGGCUCAUUAGCCACGCAAGACAAAGUACCUUUAUUGAAAAGUAAAUUGCACUUUGCUGAAGGGGACUUACUCUCUGGCAAAUGUGCUUAGGGCUGCAGGGUAUGAUAUAAAAAUGGGCUACCCCUGUGAAAUGGCUGGUUACCACUGUUUAAUAUGUUUUAGAGGGCAAAUGAAUUGUCCAUAGGGAUGAUUAUUCUCUGUGAAUUCCUAUGCAGAAUGUGAUUGGUACAGUGGUACCUCAGCUUAAGUACUUAAUUCGUUCCGGAGGUCUGUUCUUAACCUGAAACUGUUCUUAACCUGAAGCACCACUUUAGCUAAUGGGGUCUCCUGCUGCUGCCGUGCCGCUAGAGCACGAUUUCUGUUCUCAUAUUUCUGGGCUAGCGGAGUCUGUAACCUGAAGCGUAUGUAACCUGAGGUACCACUGUACUUCUUGAACGAAUGUGUGCAUUGGUUCUAAGUCUUAACAGACUUAGUUUUAUGUUGCUGAGUUUUUUAAAAUGAAGUUGGAGAUGUUACAUUUGCUGGAAAUUUUAUGUCAAAAUUCUGAUUAUGUGUUGGGAUUAAAUUUGUGAGUUGUUUUGAUUUUUAUUGUUUGAUUUUUGACUUGUUAGCUGCAUUUGGAGAAGUAGGUCUAUUUUUGAAGACAAUAAAAUAGUUGUCCAGCACAUUUUGCACUUCUCCAAAUAAUGUGACAUAGUUUCUCAUCAAAAUACACAUUUAAAGGCUAAUCUUUUAGAUAAAGUAAGUGUUUUGCAUACAUACUUUGAGAGAAAAUGCACAUUUCAAUAUAUACUUUGAAAUGAUUUAAAUUAAUAAUAAUAAUAAAUUCAUAUAAGUGCAGAGAUGGAACAGAACAGAAUUAUGGUUAAAACAUGAUAAAAUGACAGAGACCAGAACUAUAACAUGUUAAUCCUUAAUGUCUAUAGUCUUGGCUCUAACUCAAAUCUGAUUACAUUGGGAAUUUCUUUGAAAUAAAAUUCUAAAGAACAAGAAUAUUAUUAACACAACUGAAUGGUGAUGGCUUUCAUAGGAAUGCAGAUGCAGUCAUUAAGAAUUGUUGUUCUGCCAACAUCCCGAGCCCUUGUAAAAAAGGAGAAAAAUUGUUUAUUUCCUUUUCCUUGGAGUUUAGCACCAAGAGUGGUGUCUUCAGUUCUGAAGUGAAAGUCAAGAUUGAUGUUGUAUCCAAACUACUCUGGGAUUCUUCCAAGAAUCAGAUAUUCAUCAUUGAAGCUUCAAGGAUCUUUAUCAAUGAUAUUCAAGUCAAACAUCAAAAGAGGUGAGUGGGGAAGAUAAUUCAUAUCCUGGUAACUGAAGAAGGUCAUGAGCAGAGAAGGAUACAUCUCACAUACAAAUCUGAGAUAAAACUAAAGAGUACAAUUAAAUAGCUGGCUCAGCUCUUGCUGUUAAUGCCAUUUUUCUGGGUUAAACAGAUAGGCUUCAGUCUAGAUUUUAAAUGCACCUGUCUCUGUUGGAUUGUCCCAUGUUGGAUUGUCCCAAAGUGAAGAAUAAUGGCAAAAAUGCAGCAAUUUUGAUAAUGAUAAAAUCUGAUUGAAUUUUUUGGCAACAAUUUUGGCUGCAACCUAAUUAUAUUCCGCAGCCUUGCUAAUUUGCCGUCAAACAGGCAUUUUGUCUUCAGUUGUGGGUUUCUGCAUGUGUAACUUGAAGACCAUCAGGUCUCUUCCAAAGACUGAAGUUAAAAUUAUUUUUCAGUGUUUGGACGUGUGGAAUACACCCAGCCAUUUGCCAGCAGCAUAUAUCCUCUAACUUUUUCAUGUUCUUCCUUUAUAUCUGUAUUCCUGUUUUGCAACCAACCUAGGUUUAAGCUUUAGAAUGUGAGAUAAGAAUUGCAAAGCAACAGGAAUACUGAAAUUUCUACAUGCUUAUAAUUGAGCCUUAUAAUCAGUGAUGUCAAUAAUUCCUUUUGCUCAGUGUGGCUGGACCAGAUGAGAACAACAUGCAAUCUGUGGUCUGGACAAUUUUGAUUGAUGUGGUAAGCUGGGCAACUGUGUACGUUUUUUCCACGAAUAUAUGUGUUUUUGUGCUCAGUUUCCCCUGAAAUAAUGCAUCUUUGUACCCAAUUUUUUGUUGGAGAACUGCAUCAUGAAAUUUGGUGUAAAUUUAAAAAAACAGCUGUCUUUAAGUUUGCAUAUUGGUUUGAGAAAUGUGAAUUAUGUAGGUUCACAUGAACUACAAGAGUUUCUUCCCUAUCAAGAGCGUGCAACUCACAGUGGAGUAAAGUUGACAAAGUUCUCCAGCACUACAUUUUCACUAUUUGGGGACAAAAGUGUGUCUCCCUUGCUUUGGGUUUACUAUUACAGGAUACACACAGAAAUUUCUGUGUCGCAAACGCAUAGGACAUUUGGAUCCUGAUUUGUCUGCAGGGAGAUUAGAUGACCUUGACUAUUUAAGGAGCAUUUGUUGCUAUUCGUUUGUGGGGAGGCUAGACAAUGCUGUGUCAUAGCAAGUGUUAUCUCACAUUUCCCAUUGCAUUUCCCAAUCACUUUCCUUCUUGCAAAAAGUCCAGUGUUUAGGGGGAAGUGGGGUUGUUGUGCAAAACCUCCUGCUCAGCAAUGAUUGUGCAACCUGGAUUUGCUAGUAUGUGAUUGAAUCCCACCCAAAAAUCGCUACGGCCUAGAAGUGUCUGCAGGUAUUCAGCCCUGAUCUGAGUGAAAUUCAGAAAUUCCAGAAGAAAUUCCUAGGAUAGCUAAUUCACUGUGUAGUUCUAUACCAAAAUAUGCAUUUUACAUGAUUCUUAAAGAAGUCUCUCAGCACCUUGUUUCAGGAGGACUUGGUAAGAGUCCUUUCCAUUCCAAAUUAUUCUCUUCCUGACUUUGUGUGUUUGAAUCUUUACUGUGUGCUCUGGUAUCUGAAGAAGUGUGCAUGCAUACGAAAGCUCAUACCAAUAACAAACUAAGGGGCUACUGGAAGGAUUUUUUUUUAUUGUGUGCUCUGCAUUCACUCUGUUUUACAGAUCCGUCACUGCAUCCGAUUGGUGGCUGACAUCCUUAAUGUGUCACUUCUGAGUACACUGGCUUGUAAGUUGCUGAUGACAUACUCUUUUUCCAACCACCUUUGCUUCUGCUGGGGAGACUUUGUGGAACAGCCUAGCAGAGGCUAACAGAUAACCUUGUUCAGAAACAGAACAUAAGAAAUCAGCUGGUAACUCUCCAAGCGUUCUAUGCCCUAAAUUAGGUAUGGUUAUCUCACAGGGAUUCUCCAUGGUUUUAUUAAGUCAAUCCAUCAAUGGAAGUGGUCUGUAUUCAGGGACACCUAUCUGGUCCCAGGAAUUACUGCCAAUUAACUCACUGAGCAUCAUAAGCAACAAUUGCCCUUGUCUGAUAGCCUGCCCUAUUUCUAAGACUCGAGGCAAAUGGUUGAACUGAAUGUACUUUUCAAGUCUGUUUUAACCUUACAAUUUAAAGGAGCAGCACGAAAGAGGUGGCUCAGCUCGCAAUAGCCACAUGCUCUUUCAUGGGUUUUGCACGUGAUUCAACAAUCUCUUUGUAUUUCUCUGCAGCUGCAGUUCCUGUUGGAACAUUUGGGACCAUCCAUUAUGAUCUAAUAGGUUCCCCUAAAGUAAACGAUAGGUAUUUCCUGAUUCCUUAUCAGGCAAGUAUUAUUCUUGGCUUUGGAGAAUAGGUUGUGUUAUGAAAUUCUGACUAAUCCCCAUAUCUAUAACCUCUUUUCUUGCCUCGUGAUUGUGGCAAUGGAAGUCAGGCGUAGAUGUAGUUGUGGUAUGGCUUUCUGCUGCUGUUCCUGUUUUAUUUCUCAAGAUCUGCUUCACAAAGAGUCGGACACAACUAAACGACUAAACAACAACAAUGGGUGGGAGGAUAAUUAGCCCAGCCUUAGGUAAAACUCCCCACUUGGGUCCAUGGCCUUAAGUCUAAUGACAUCUGUAGAACUAAAGAGCACAGAACUUGACUGAGGGUCAGAGUGUUGGUUUUAUUUCUGUAGUUCUGUAUUUUCCUUACCCAUCCUUCACCACAAUUAUUAUUAUUGUUACAUUAUUAUUAUUAAUCCCAGGGUGGGAUAAAGCAAUAAAAUAUUCAAUCCAAACACAAAUGAAACAGUUGUGAUCUUAAAACAUUUAAAGACAAUUCCACAUGUAAAAAUAGUUUUAAAAUAGUUCCAAUACAGAUGGGGAUUGGGACAAGAUCUCCACUUAAAAGGCUUGCCGAAAGAGGAAGGUCUUCAGUAGGUCCUCAAAUGAUAACAGAUGGGGUCUGUCUAAUAUGUAACAGGAGGAAAAACCAGCAUGCUGAAGUCCUGAUUCCUGCAGAAUCCUGAAGUUAUCUGCAGGAGACCCUCUUCUGCAGAGCGCAGUGGUUGAUUGUGUAAAAGGGGAUAAACUGGGUUUUUGAAAUACAAGAUUCUCAAACCAGCAAGCAGAGUUCCUGCAAACAGUUGGGAAGGAGAAAUAGCAGCCUUAAGGCUGACUUACUCUCUUUAAAGGAUUAACAAAGAUGUCCUGCAUUUUCCCCUUGGAUCUCCCACCAGGCUACAUUUCAGGUUUCUCUGCCGGGAAGUCCACCCAGGACCACACUUUUCCAAGUGACUCCACAGUCUGGCACUAACUUCCACUUGACUCUGAGCAAGGAUUUCAUCAGCAUUGGGAUUGCUGCCCUGACUGGAGGCUGCAGUGCCAACCUUACCAAAGGAGCAGGGGUAAAGUGACCAUAACGUUUGGGUUUCCGUGCUUCUAUAUGACACAGUGUUGGUGCUAUACAUUUUGUGGCUGUAGACGAAAUGUUGCCAAAAUGAUCUACUCUUAGCCAUACAUGUGCACCUGUGAGCCCUUGCAACUCCACUCCCCACACCGGUGAUUCCAUAUUUUAGGAGCAGUAUGGAGAGCAACAACAGGAGAUGGAUUCAUAUCUUGCUUGUGGGCAUCUGUUUGGCUGCUGUAGAAAAGAGGAUUUGCUCUGAUCAGCCAGCAAGUCUCUUAUGUUCUUGUUCCCCUUUACCUUUACCUUUACCUCUCCCUUUACCUCUCAUGCCCCUCCCCCAUCCUCUGAUGGAUCCAUUGACUUUCUCAAGAAAAGCACCCCUUUCCAUUCUAGAAUCUGUUCUUUACCAAGGGUUGAUAAUUUUUUUCACUGGCCUCUGUGGCUGUGCUUUUAAUAGUAGCUUAGUGUACAGAAACACUAGGCAAAGCUUUUAUCAACCUAGAGAUAACUAUUUAACAGCUAAUUUCUGUAAAUUAAGCUGUUGCCCAAGAGAAAAAUCAGCAACCCAUCUCCAUUACUUGUUCUUGUGUUGAGCUAGGUAGGGAUGGUUGAAUCUGUCAUUUUUGGCUUCUCUUGAGUUCUCAUUUUUCCAGUCUUAAAUUCAGUUUAUGACAUUUCUGUAGCUAUUUGCAGCAUAUAUAUAUAUACUUUCUGAAAAUUCACCAGCAUUUUACUGCUAAUUUCUGCUAAUGAACCCAGUUUGCACCAGAGAAAUACUUUCAUUACAAGCUUGUUUCCAGCAAUUGCUUUGAUUAUGUUCUCCCUCCAUCAUUUAAAAGCCUCAUGCAAAGCUUUCAGCUAACACUAAGAAAAGCUUCAGGGAGAUAUGAAACUGCAGCAAGCCCAAACAAUGGAAAAGUAGCUACAAAAUCUAUAUUAUAGUAGAGGUGGGGGACCUAUGGUCCUCCAGAUGUUGCUGGACUAUAUUGUCAGCUUCGCCUUUGAGCCAGUGCCACCGACGGGGCUCAACCAUUUCAGCCCCGACUGGGCCAGGCAAGUUGGGGUAGCACUUUCAGAGACCUUCUUCUGCAAGAACAGGUCUAAGUGCUGUGGACUCACAACUCAGAGCUGUGAGCACCGAACUCACUUCCAGAAGACAGUUGUGCACAGCAGAGUACAGCAGAGCAUAAAUCACUUGGACGACAGCGCUGAAGAAUAUCUUCUUUUAUUCACUACAACUACUGUACUAUACAAACUAUAUACAAAUGGAGACACUGGACUGCACUGAGUGUUACAGCUGCUUUCUGCAGCAACCUUAUCUACACAGAAAUAACAUUCAGUCUCCCCCUUUGAAGUGAGGCUGGAGCGGAAUAAGUAGCAAGCACAAUCCGCCCCCUCCUCUCUGGAAAAUCAGCAGAUUCUUGCAAUGGGAGGGGUGAAAUCUCCUCAUAUACUGCCCAUCAUCCUUGAUGGUUGGCCAUGCUGGAUGGGGCUGAUAGGAGCUGGAGUACAACAACAGCUGAAGGACCACCAGCUCCCCUGCUAUAGAGGACUGUUCUGAGGUUAUCCUUGAUAGAUUUAGGGCAGGAUGACUGGACAUUUCCUGUUUUAGAGGAUUGCUUCUAUUUCUAGAACAGCGUAGCCUCAUAGAACAUAAAAGGUCAUCCUCAAUCCAGAGGAUGCAUAAUUGGCUGUGCAUCUCCUUCCUUCUAUUGUAAUUUCACCAGAUCAUUUUCAAGUACACUUUCUCUAAAAAUAGCAUGAUGAAUGGAAAUGGUUUGCUCCUCAUCCCCUGUCCUAUCACUGAUUGUCCCUAAUUAGCUUUCUGCUUCCUGGCUUCUCCCUCUGAAACAGACUGUCUUGUUAAGGAAGUAAUAUUGUUUCUGUGGUCACUUUGAACAUAUGUCUUGCAAUGUCCCUUAUUCCUGCCCUCAUCUUUCAUAAUCAGAUGCUUCUCCUUCUCCUUGCCUUUGCACACACCUUUCAUCUUGUUUGAGAGAGGGAGAUUGCUUCUCCCUAUGCUUUGUGGAUGAAGUUUAGUGCCAGGCUUAUAAAAAAAUGUAUGAAGUGGGAAAAUCCUGAUUGUUCCAGCAAGUCUCCUUGACAAUGGACUCCUAGAACCCAUGACAAUCAGGCAAAACCAAACAAAACCAAAACAAAUUGUGCUUGGACACAUAAAGCAGCCGAUGACCACUGAGGCCAGUGGAGCAAAGGACAGAGCAGAGGGCAAGGCAACUAACAGCAGGUAGAGCUAGUGGUAAGUGGAGCCAGAGGUCCCAAUAGGAAGAGCACGCUUGACACAGAGAGAAAACACUCAGAAUUGAAGCAGUGGGACGGGAAAAAAGAUGAGGCUAGAGGUUAGGUUGGGGAGGAAAAGGUUAAGGGUUGGGUGCUCUUGGAGACAGGAGAAAGAGAGCGAGAGAGGUUAAGUGGCAGGAGAGGGCAGAAAGAGCAAGGCCCAAGAGGCGGAAGACAGACCAAUGCAAGGGGCUGGGAGAGAGGAGAAACAGAGAGUAAGGGAAGGUGGGAGCUUUUCUGUGCUGCACUGCAAGAAAUGAAGUCCUUUUCACACAACACAGAAGCCAAACUCUCUUGUCAGGGUUCCUUGUCCUUGCUUUAAAGCAAAGCAACACUGUGUCCCUUCUGCUGUUUCCCAUCCUGCCUCCAAAGUGGUGUGUUAGCUCAUAUUGGAGUUAUUUGGUUCCAACUACCUACAUAAGCCCUUUUUGUAUGCAGAGUAAGGCAACGUGAAAGGAGAGAGGAAGAGAGACAUGGUGAAUGGUUCUAACAUGGGAGAAGGGAAGCGUGGGCUCAAGCUGCUGCUGGUGGGUGGCCUUUUUGAUUUCUCCUAUUGGCCUGCUAGCCCUGAAUGAGAGUGUUUCAGAAAUUAAUUAGAGAUAUCCAAAGCUGAUUCACUUUACUAUUCCCUUUAUCAACAGAAACAACUCAUGACAACUGACUUGGCAAGUGCAAUUACAAAGGUUAAUGUGUUUUCUUCUUAUGCUCCUCUGGCAAUAGGCCAUUCAAACCAAGCACUUGAUCUUCUCCUUAUAUGUGUGCAUCUUUUAAAGAUAUACCGUGAGUCAUUAAGGCUGCAGUCCCAUGACAGAAAGCUCCAUUGAACUCAGUGAGGCUUUCUUCUGAGAAGACAUGCAUAGGAUUGCCCGCUUACGCAGCACAGGACAUAACUAAGUCAUUCAACCCAAAGUUUGCUUGCUUAAAAAAAUAAGUGCUUCAUACAAAUUUGCAUGAAUAGAGUCAGCAGGCAAUCACUGUUGUUGCAUACAAAGUCUAACUAAUUAGCUGCCUAGAUGCACUGAUAUGCUUGCCUAAGUAUUAGAAUCUUAUAUGCUUAUUAAGCUUGGAAUCUGCUGAAUAUAUAUUUGCAUUAAAACCUCUUUUGGUAGUAGAACCUGAACACAGUGUCUGCAUUCUAAAUCUCAUUGUCCCAUGAGACCAUCCUUUAGGAUAAUAGUCCUGGAAAUUGUGUCUUGUCCUAAUGGGAAUGAAGGUCUGUAGAAGUGGCAGCCACACACAGAUACCAGAAGCUCAUGACACCUUGCCUUCUCUUGCAGAUUUCUGAGCGCUUCCCUGCUCCACAACCUUUGGUGGUAAAGAUAAGGGGCUCAGAUUUUCCACUCAUUUCCAUAGACAGCCAGAGUGUUGUGGUGAAACAGCCUCUUUUCUCUGAUGUGUUUGUACAUGGUCAGUCUGUCCUGCAGUGGGAAAUUGUGAGUAUUGAAGCAAAACACCUGCAUGACCUCCAUUUUAUUUAUUUAUCUAAAAAAGGUAUCCCCUUCAUCAAAAGCAGAGAUAGGAACCUGGGCCUUUCAGAUGUUGACUGGCCACAACUCCAACAACCUCUGUCUAUUGGCCAUGCUGAUGAGAGUUGGGAGUCAAACAGCAAUUGGAGAGCCGCAGGUUCCCAAUCUCUGAUCAAAAGAUUCCAGGAGCAGUGUAAACUAAUAAAUACCGCAUGGCAUCUGGUUGGCCACUGUGAGAACAGGAUGCUGGACUUGAUGAGCCAUUGAUCCAUUCCAUCAGGCUCUUCUUAUGUUCUUAAAUAAACUUUACAAAAUGCAGAAAAAAACAAGAAUUGCACAGCACAUUGGCCACGGUACCCUAAUUAUAUUCUGCCGAUGGCCAGGUUCACCUCAACUAACCCUCCCUUAUACAUGCAAGAUUCAUACACAUGCCCCCAUACAGUAAAUGCAAACUUGUCAGAUUAUCCUAGCCAGAUUAUUACUGACAAAGCAAUGGUCAAUUCCUGUUGAACAGAAUAGAAAAUAAAAUAAUAAUAAUAAUAAUAAUAAUAAUAAUAAUAAUAAUAAUAUAUUACUUAUACUCCACCCAAUCUGGGUGGCUUCCAACAGAAUUUAAAAAACAUAAUGAAAGAUCAGGCAUUAAAACUUCAUGACACAGGGCUGCCAUCAGAUAUCUUCGAAAAGUCAUAUAAUUUAUCUCUUUGAAACAGUACACUCAUAAUAGGAUGGUCUUGUGUUGUAUGUCACUUGAUGUAUGUAGAAAUGAAUAAUGUUCCCUAUGCAGCCAGAGUAAAUUAACAGUGUCUUUUACAAAUAAGAAGAAAGAAAUAGAAAAGGGGUGUGGGGUGCGCUAUAAUCCAUGCAUGUAUACAUGUAAUUCCCAGCAGUUUCUUGCCCCCCCCCCCAUGGCACAAACUUGUUAUGUGAUCUACAACAAACAGAACAACAAUAACAACAAAACUAAGACUUUCUAGAGAGGUAGCAUUUGCUGUGCCAGUUUAGGUUCCACAAUUUAAUACAUAUAUUAUGGCAUUAGGUUUACAUCUGAUGAAGUAGAUGCUAGUCUGUGGUGCCAUAAUAAAUGUUAGCUCUUGAGAUGCCACAACAACUUUUUUAAAAACAGUUACGACUGUAAUUGAGGCUGUGCCAGUUCAGCCAUUUGCAAUGAUACAUAUUUUUGUUGUUGUUGCAGGUCAUCAUCUUCAAUGCAAAGCUCUCAGCUUCUAAUGGCAAACUGUUAAUCUCUUUGUCACAAAAGAGGUAUGGGUAUUUUUCUUACUGGAUUUGUUUUCAGGUAGUAGUGAGAGAUUGUGAGCAGCUAGUAGAAAUAAGGAAUACAACCCUGGCACACUGGUUGAAAACCACUGCUGUAGAGAGUCAUGGCUUGCAUCCCACCCCCUAAUCUGAUUGCUUUCUUUCCCUGUAGCUUUGACAGUGUUCAGGCAUCCUCAUCCGUUGGUUCUACCAAUGUAAGUCUUCUCUUCAAGGCCUGAAAUAUGCCACAGGCAAAUCAAUCUAUUUUGCAUGAAACAAUAGGGUGUGCUGUAUAGCAUGAGCCUUCAAUCCACAACCUGAUCUAAGAGAAUUGAGGAUAUUGAUUGCAUGUUUUAUAGCCAGAUACUCUAGGAGGAGGUAAAGCUCUCUCUACUCCAAGUGUAUCUUUGCUUUCAUGUGUUCUUGUUCCAUGCAUUCUGUACAAACUUAUCUACCUGGCUUAGGUACAGCUUUGUGGUUUGACAUCUGAGAAUGAAAGCUGAAUACACCCUAGCCACCAGGCAAAUGGGUUAUUAAUGGAUUAUGUGAAAAGCUUCCUGAUGAAGCUGUUUGUGCAUGGAUUUCAGUAGAUCACUUGAAUCCACUUUUAUUAUAGUCCUUAAAAGACAGCCCAAUCCUUUUAAAAAGUCUUAUAGUACAUGUGGUGGAUAUAUAUGGAUUUAAAAUAUGUACUAAAUGUGAGACUCAGGCCUGUCUAUGAUUCUACUGAAAGAAUGUCCUAUAUUCCAGGCCCAGAAGCUCCAUGAGUACAUCAACGACCUUCAUACAAACAGCUUCCUACCAGCCAUGAAUGGUAAGCCAGGCAGCUGUUUCACAGAAAACGGAGGGCUUCAGCUGAGGGAACGGGAGCUAACAUUUCAUGAGGGGCUGCUCAGCUAAGUAAUGACCAUUGGCUGUUCUCUGUUCUAGGCAUGCUCAGGAGAGGAAUUACCUUGCCUUCCAUGCUAAAUGUCAAGUGGACCAAAGUCAACACUGCCCUUUUCCAGGUACAGCAAAGAACCAGAACCCUAAACGGCCUUGGUCCAGUAUAUCUGAGGGAGCGUCUCCACCCCCAUCGUUCUACCCGGACACUGAGGUCCAGCGCCGAGGGCCUUCUGGCGGUUCCCUCACUGCAAGAAGCCAAGUUACAGGGAACCAGGCAGAGGGCCUUCUCGGUAGUGGCGCCUUCCCUGUGGAACACCCUCCCACCAGAUGUCAAAGAGAACAACAACUACCAGGCUUUUAGAAGACAUCUGAAGGCAGCCCUGUUUCGGGAAGCUUUUAAUGUUUGAUGUAUUAUAGUAUUUUAAUAUUCUUUUGGAAGCCACCCAGAGUGGCCGGGGAAGCCCAGCCAGAUGGGCGGGGUAUAAAUAAUAAAUUAUUAUUAUUAUUAUUAUUAUUAUUAUUAUUAUUAUUAUUAUUGUAGCAAAUGCCCAGCAAUGGAAGGCUGCCAUCCUUCUAGCACCACCUUGGCAUUACAAGAUGGACACUGUGGAGGAAGGGGACCUAUUUUCUUGUUUAGAUCCAGUUAUUUGGUUCCAUGUGUAUAUUGUAUGUGUCCUGCUUUCCAAGGGAAGUGGGAGCACGAAAACAAGGUCAAGCAAAGAGCAGCAUCCACGAAUCCUGCUGGCUAAGCUCUGAAAGGUGUCGUCUUAGGAAAGAGCUAGGCCCACCUAGGUAGGCUGGCAAGGUCUGCAUUGUAGUUGGCCCCACCUGCUUGAGGAGCUAGCUGUUCUGACUCAAAGGGUCCUCACCCAAUUCUGCACUUCUGCAAUGUGGAAGGGAUGGGAUGGGAUGUUAUUGGGGGUUCAACCUGUGAGUUGGAGGGAAGCAAAAGAACUAUGUCCUUAGGUUAGGAAGGCCCAUGGGAACGUACCAUUGAGGGGCUCCCACUGAGUGGAGUUGCCUGUGUUUCCUCAUCUGUUUCCUCCUCAAGGUAGUGCACUGGGCUGGGUACUUCCAUCUGUUAUUGGAAUAAAUACUGGUAUCUCAAAGGAAUAAUUUAAACAUCUAUAACUUCUCUCUUUUUAGGAUGGUCUAGUGAUUUCAAUGUGA